AUGAGUCAAAAAGACCUCAAGCGUCAAGAAGAACUCAAGAGUCAAGAAGAGAUGAAGCGUCCAAGUUACAUCAGGAAGUUCAGUUCAAGUCAUUUGCCUUUCAAACUGUUCAAACCCCACCAAAGCUUCCAAAACAUCAAGACACCAGAUCAAAGCUUGAAGACUCCAGGAAAGAAAGAAGGCAUGAGCAAAUACGCUUCUUUACCAGAUAUUGAUACAGCACCUGAUGUUUAUGAAACACCAGAUGUUUCAAGUAUAUUGAUAAAUGAUCGGGAUGAUGAUUCAGAUGGUGAAGGUCCAUCUUAUCAUGGAUCCAGUUUAAGUCAUACAGCUUUAAAUGAAGAUAUCAAUCAAAAUGGAUUAGAUCAAAGUUUGGCUCGUAAAAGAUUCAGUACCACAACGGGGAUCGAUGGUAGUCAUGCUGAUUUUUCUUCAUCUCUUUUAAAACCAAAUCCUCGUCAAUCUUCUGCUCGAUAUCCAUUACCACCUAGAAAUGGAUUUGAAACCAAUCAAUAUUCUAUCAUACCAAGAGGUUAUUCAAUUUCAACCAAAAAUCAACAACUUGAACAAGAAACUCCUUUAGAACGUUUGAGACGAUUAAGAUAUGAAAUUGAAGAAUUAGAAGAAGAACUUGAAAAAGAUGCACAACGUAAAUUGCAAGAUACAACUGAUCAAGAUCCAUCGAAUGAAUCGAAAGAUGAUUCCACUCCGCCUUCUAAUGCAAUUGAAUCUCAAAAUGAAAAAUCAAAGACGAAGAAAGCAAAAUCAAGAGUUGAACCAUCACCUGCUGAAUUACUAGCUCAAUUACAACACAUGCGAGAUGAUUUAGGAAAAUUAUCUUCAUCUGUUGAUUCAUUCGAACCUACUUCUGAUCUAGUAACUAAUCUUAAACAACGCGAAGCCUAUGCCAAGACUCUAUUACAACAACUCACCAACGGUAAUCGUCACACAUCGAACUUGAAAUCUUCUGAAGAUCAAUCAAAACCAUCAAAUCCAAACUCAUCAGACACCAGUGCAGCCAAACUGGAUGCACGUCUAAAUGCUCUAGAAAACUUAUUAGGUUCAACAAGUCUACUACAAGCCUCGAGUACGGGAGAUGUGACUUUACCUCCACCAUUGUUAGUCACAAUCAAUAAAUUAGAACAUCAACUUUCACUUUUGACCCAACCAAGACAUUUGGAUUCAGUUUCAAGACGAGUAAAAGUGAUUGUAACCGAUUUAGAAAGAGUACAUGAAGCCAGAAGGAAAUUAUCGGAUCAUAGACCGUUAUCUUUAGCUCUUGCAUCUGGUAUCACUGUUGUGACCCAAGCUGCCAGUAGUACUAAUGCUCAUCCCCAACAUCUUACUACUACUUUGCCUGGUGUACCAGGUAUCUUAUCCACCGGUUCAAGCUCUGGACAAACAGCUAUCAAUUUACCACCUGACAGUCUACACAAACUUGAAAGACUUUAUAAUCUUUUACCAAGACUUGAUCCUUUAUUACCAUUAGUACCACAUCUUUUAAUUAGGUUAAGAUCUUUAUCAGAAUUACAUUUGAAUGCACAAGAGUUUUCGAAGAAUUUAAAUGAAUUAGAAGGAUCAAGUACGAAAGUGGAAAAAAGAUUGAAAGAAUUAGAUGAGAUUUUAAAUCGAGUUGAACUUAGUAUUCAAGAAAAUGAAAGUUUGGUUAAAAAUAAUUUAACUUUGGUUGAAGAUAGGAUAGAUGGAUUAGUUAAUAAACUUGAUAGUUUGAUAGAUUCGAAGAAUUAAAUAUACAAUCAAUUAAUUUCAGAUUAUAAUUUGAUGUUUUUGAUGUUUUUUUAUAACUUAUCUGAUCUUUUAAGAAAGAUGCGAGAAAAUCAGAUGUCUUGAUCUUUUUCUCAUUAUCUGCAAAUGAAUGAUUAGAUGAAUUAAAAUUGUAAAAUGAUAAAAUUGAUUAUUGCGCAAAUUGAUGAAAAAUUGAUCAACAAGUU